AUGGCGUCUCCAAGGAGGUCCCGUGGCCGUACCCCGCCGGGCACAGACAAGGUGGGGACGUCCGGCAACGCCGAAGGCGACAAGACACCGUCGCGCUCGCCAACGCCACGUCCACGCCGUUCUCCGUCGCAUCGUUCGUGCACCCGGGACGCAAGACGUCCGCAGGAGGUCGUCAUCGAGUGCGUGAUCAGGGAGACCGGCGGCUCCAGCAACUGGCCGCAACUGUUGAUGAAGCUGAAGCUCCAAGCCCGCCACCUGUGGGAUGCCGUCGAGCACGGCGACGUCGAGUUCCAUGACGACCGCACCGCUCUGGACGCGAUCUGCAGCGCGGUUCCGCCUGAGAUGGUCUCCACGCUCGUGACCAAGGAGUCGGUGAAGGACGCCUGGGAGGCCAUCAAGACGCUCUGCAUCGGCGAUGAUAGAGUGUGGAAGGCGACCGCGCAGAACCUCCGUGCUGAGUACGAGGUGAUCACGCUUCACGACGGCGAGGCGAUCGAGGAUUUUGCCCUGCGCUUGACGGGGAUCGUCCAGCGGCUGGCGGCCCUCGGCGAUCUAGAAGCGGACACCAAGGUGGUUGCCAAGUACCUGCGCGUCGUGCGUCCAAGGUACAAGCAGCUCGUCAUCUCCAUAGAAAUCCUUCUCGACAUCUCGCAACUCUCGAUCGAGGAGGUCAUGGGGAGACUGAAGGCGGUGGAUGACGUCAAGCCCUCCCUGCCUCAGGAUGCCGGCGGCAAGCUGCUUCUCACGGAGGAGCAGUGGAUCGAGAGGUACAAGAAGCGCAAGCAGGAGUCUGGCUGGGGCAGCUCCACCUCAGGUGGCCACGGCAAGCAUCGUGGUAAAGGCCGCGGCCGUGGCGCCGGCGGCAACACCGAAUCACGUACCGGCUCCAGCUCGGGCCGGGCCAACCCCGACGACAUCUGCAAGAAUUACGGUAAGAAAGGCCACUGGGCCAAGGAUUGCCGCGGCAAGAAGAGGGAGGAGCAGGCCCACGUGGCCCAGGAUGAUGAGCCCACGCUACUCCUCGCCCUGGGUGCAGUGGACUACUGGGGGGCUCACCUGGAGUCCUCCACUCCAUCACCGCUGUCGCUCCCAAGCCACGAUGGCACCACCGCGGCGCCGUGCCAAUUUGAGCUCAUGGAGGAGAAGGUGUUCGCCACGUUCGACGCGGCUGACGACCGGGACCCGAAGCGCUGGGUCCUAGACACCGGCGCCACGAAUCACAUGACGGGAUCCCGCGCGGCAUUCUCCGACCUCGACACCGGCAUCGUCGGCAUGGUGCAUUUCGGCGACGGCUCCGUCGUCAAGAUCGAGGGCCGCGGGACCAUCCUGUUCGCGUACAAGAAUGGGGAGCACCGCGCCUUCGCCAACGUGUACUUCAUUCCCCACCUCACUGCGAACAUCAUUAGCGUUGGCCAGCUCGACGAGGCAGGGUUGCAAGUGCUCGUGGAGGGUGGAGUGAUGCGGGUCCACGACAAGGAGCGCGUCCUGCUCACCAAGAUUCACCGGAGCCCAAGCCGGCUCUACGUGCUCGACAUCAACAUUGCAUGGCCGGUGUGUCUGGCGGCGCACGCCAACAAAGAUGCGUGGCUGUGGCACGCCCGAUUUGGGCAUGUCAACUUCGGCGCUCUCAGGAAGAUGCCCCUGCUGAACCAGGUCGAGCAGGUGUGCGACGCCUGUCUGGCUGGGAAACACAGACGCACGCCGUUCCCGUAG